AUUUGUUCCAUUAUCAAUCACACUACUGACAACUCACGAGCCACUGUUAUCUCCCUCUUCAUCUCUCUCGUUCUUCCCUCCGUUAUAUGUAGAUACACACACACAUAUACACACAGAAAGAGUGUAUGUAGAGGUUAUAUACAGGGGUUUUUUCAAGAAAUCUUGAAAGCUUUUAACAAUGGUGAGAAAGAGCAAUCUCGUUUGCGUUUUUCUUCUGUUUUUGGCCAUAAAUGGCAUCAAUGCGGAAGACCCAUAUCGAUUUUUCACCUGGAAAGUCACUUAUGGCGACAUUUAUCCAAUGGGUGUUAAACAACAGGGAAUAAUGAUAAAUGGGCAGUUUCCUGGACCUCAAAUCAACUGUGUUACUAAUGAUAACUUGAUUAUUAGUGUCUACAAUUACUUGAAUGAGCCAUUUCUACUUUCUUGGAACGGGCUACAACACAGAAGAAACUCAUGGCAAGAUGGUACUUAUGGUACAACUUGUCCAAUCCCGCCGGGAAAGAACUUCACGUACAUGCUUCAGGCCAAGGAUCAGAUCGGAAGCUUCUUCUACUUCCCGUCGCUUGCUCUCCACAAGGCUGCCGGAGGCUACGGCGGCAUUAAAAUCUACAGCCGCCCUCGUAUUCCAGUCCCUUUCCCUUUCCCCGCCGGAGACCACACUGUACUCGCCGGAGAUUGGUUCAAAAGAGGCCACCAGAGACUGAGACACAUAUUGGACGGCGGUCGGAGCCUCCCUUCCCCAGACGGACUUCUCAUCAACGGCCGCGGCUGGAAUGGUUACAAAUUCGAGGUUGAAGGAGGAAAAACGUAUCGAUUCAGAAUAUCGAAUGUGGGGUUGACGACAUCAAUCAACUUCAGAAUCCAGGGACACAUCAUGAGACUUGUGGAGGUGGAAGGAUCGCAUACGGUGCAGAACGCCUACAAUUCCCUGGACCUUCACCUCGGACAGUCGGCCUCCGUCUUGGUCACCGCCAACCAGGCGGUGAGAGAUUACUACGUCGUCGUUUCUUCACGCUUCACCAGCCGUGUCCUCACCACCACUGCCAUCCUCCAUUACAAGAACUCCAAGAUCGGUGUCUCCGGUCCUCCCCCCGGCGGCCCCACCACCCAGAUCGCCUGGUCCCUCAUGCAGGCCAGAACCAUAAGAUGGAACUUAACAGCGAGUGGACCCAGACCGAACCCACAAGGGUCGUACCAUUACGGGAUGAUCAAGCCUAGCCGGACGAUCAUGCUAUCGAAUUCGGCUCCUUGGAUCAACGGAAAACAAAGAUAUGCAGUCAACGGCGUGUCGUUUGUCGCCGGAGACACUCCUUUGAAACUAGCCGAUUACUUCAAGAUCGGUGGAAUCUAUAACCUAGGAAGCAUUCCCGAUAAACCCCGAACCGGAAACGCGUAUCUUGCGACCUCCGUUAUGCACGCUGAUUUCCGGUCGUUUGCUGAAAUCGUGUUUCAGAACUGGGAAGACACCGUCCAAUCUUGGCACAUCGACGGCUACUCGUUCUUCGUUGUCGGGAUGGACGGCGGGCAGUGGACGCCGGCGAGUAGAACGAGAUACAAUUUGAGAGACACGGUGGCGCGUAGCACCGUUCAGGUGUACCCGAGGGCUUGGACAGCGAUCUAUAUUGCAUUGGACAACGUCGGGAUGUGGAACAUACGAUCGGAGAAUUGGGCGAGGCAGUAUUUGGGGCAACAGUUUUAUCUGAGGGUGUACUCACCGGCGCAUUCAUGGCGGGAUGAAUUGCCGAUCCCGAAGAACGCAUUGCUUUGUGGCAGAGCCAGAGGGCGGCGCACCAGGCCUCUACGAGGGUAGAUAGAUGAAGAUGGUGAUACUGAUUGUGACGUUGGGUGGGAACUACUUGUUCCACGACAAAUUUAAUUUUCUUUUCAUGUUUGAGUUUUAGAAUGGAUUCGAUUGUUAGGUAUUAUUGAUUUGUUCUUGAAUUUUGUUAUAUUGUUGAAGUUGAUUUGUUCGAUUA